CUCAGCGAAGAGGAGCUGUUCACAGGUUUCACCGCUCUGGACUUCACACAAAAUGAAGAUUCUCUGUGUGGUAAUAAUGAUUUUCUCUGGCUUUAUGGAGACCAAGUCAGAAAACUUUAAGGUACUUGGCCCAGCUGCUCCUCUUCUUGCUGAAGCUGGUGAAGACCUGGUUCUGCCCUGUUCACUCCAACCCAACAUCAGUGCUGUGGACAUGAUGGUGGAGUGGACCAGAACUGAUCGGACUGAUACUGACAAUCUAGUGCAUCUCUAUGAAGAUCACACAGACAUAUAUUAUGACCAGAUGAAGUCUUAUAGAGGAAGAACCACUUUAUUUAAAGAAGAACUGCAGAAAGGAAACACCUCACUGAAACUCUCAGAGGUCCAGACUUCUGAUGAGGGAGUUUACAAAUGUUUAGUAAAAUCAGCGUCCUGGUAUGAUGACAUCACUGUUCAUCUUGUUGAGGUUAAAGUACAUUCAAAAGUAGUUGGCCCAGCCGCUCCGCUUGUUGCUGAAGCUGGUGAAGAUCUGGUUCUGCCCUGUUCUCUCCAACCCAGCAUCAGUGCUGAGGAUAUGAUGGUGGAGUGGAUCCGAACAGAUCGGACUGAUACUGACAAUCAAGUGCAUCUCUAUGAAGAUCGCGCAGACAGAUAUUAUGAUCAGAUGGAGUCUUACAGAAGAAGGACGUCUCUAUUUAAAGCAGAGCUGCAGAAAGGAAACACCUCACUGAAACUCUCAGCAGUGCAACCUUCUGAUGAGGGAGCUUACAAAUGCUUAAUUCGGUACAGGUCCUGGUUUGAUGAUUUUCCUGUUUAUGUUGAAGUUAAAGAACAAGGUUUUCACGCCUGGAAGAUUGCCGUCAUCUGCUUUUUUGUCUUUGCUGUUAUAUUAGGUGCCUUUACAGCUUACAUCUUGAAAGAUAAAUUCUCUGAAAAGGAACUCUCUCCUGCAGAAUGCUCAGCUGUAGCCUUCAUGCGUCUUAAAUCACAAUACGUGCGUGAAGAGUUGGACCUGAAGAGAUACAACACAUCAGAGGAGGGUUACAGAAGACUCAUCCCAACUAUGACAAACUGCAGAAAGGCUAAAUUUGCUGGAUGUAACCUCACUGUACAGUCCAUUACAAUGCUGAGUGCAGCUCUACAAACAGAAAACUCCUCUCUGACAGAGCUGGACCUCAGUAACAAUGAUCUGCAGGAUUCCGGUGUAGAGCUGCUCUCUGAUGGACUGAAGAGUUCGGACUGUAAACUGGAGAUACUCAGACUAGUUUUGUGUCAUUUUGGAGGAAAGUCUUGUGAAAAUCUGGGAUCAGUUUUACAAACAAAAACCUCCUCCCUAAAAGAGCUGGACAUCAGUAACAAUAAGCUUCAUGAUUCAGGAGUGGAGCUGCUGUCUGCUGGACUGAAGAGCUCACACUGUAAACUGGAGAUUCUCAGACUAGCUUUGUGUCAUUUUGGCGGAAAGUCUUGUGAAAAUCUGGGAUCAGUUUUACAAACAAAAACCUCCUCCCUAAAAGAGCUGGACAUCAGUAACAAUGAGCUUCAUGAUUCAGGAGUGGAGCUGCUGUCUGCUGGACUGAAGAGCUCACACUGUAAACUGGAGAUUCUCAGACUAGCCUUGUGUCAUUUUGGAGGAAAGUCUUGUGAAAAUCUGGGAUCAGUUUUACAAACAAAAACCUCCUCCCUAAAAGAGCUGGACAUCAGUAACAAUGAGCUUCAUGAUUCAGGAGUGGAGCAGCUGUGUGCUGGACUGAAGAGCUCACACUGUAAACUGGAGAUUCUCAGACUAGCUUUGUGUCAUUUUGGAGGAACGUCUUGUGAAAAUCUGGGAUCAGUUUUACAAACAAAAACCUCCUCCCUAAAAGAGCUGGACAUCAGUAACAAUGAGCUUCAUGAUUCAGGAGUGGAGCUGCUGUCUGCUGGACUGAAGAGCUCACACUGUAAACUGGAGACACUCAGAUUAUCAGGAUGUAUGGUCAGGAAGGAAGGCUGUUCUUCUCUGGCUUCAGCUCUGAGUUCAAACUCCUCAUACCUGAAAGAACUGGAUCUGAGCUAUAAUCUCUUAGGAGAGUCAGGAGUGAAACUGCUCUCUGCUAGACAGGAGGAUCCACACUGCUCACUCAAAAGGCUUAGAGUGGAACAUGAUGGUGAGAUGAGAAUCAGACCAAAGGAAUAUUCCUGUGAGUUCACUCUGGAUCCAAACACAGUAAACGGAGAUCUUGGUCUGUCUGACGGGAACAGGAAGGUGGAGCGUGUGAAACAAUAUCUCUCCUAUCCUGAUCAUCCAGAGAGAUUUAAUGUGUGGUAUCAGGUUCUGUGUAGAGAGAGUCUGACUGGACGCUGUUACUGGGAGGCCGAGUGGAGCGGAGAUGUUCAGAUAGCAGUAACAUAUAAAUCAAUCAGGAGGAAAGGAUGCAGUAUUGACUGUCUGUUUGGACGGAAUGAAAAGUCCUGGAGUCUGAGAUGCUCUGAUUACAGAUACUCUGUCCGUCACAAUAAUAACAUCACUAAACUCUCUGCUCGGCCGUCCAGUAAGAGAGUAGGAGUGUAUGUGGACUGUCCGGCCGGCUCUCUGUCCUUCUACAGCGUCUCUGAUGAUCAAACACUGACGCACCUUCACACGUUCAGCACCACAUUCACUGAACCGCUCUGCACUGGGUUUUAUAUUGAUUACGACUCCUCAGUGUGUUUAAAAUAAAAUCUCCUCCUGAGUGAAACACAAACCAUAAAAAUAUCAGUUUUGUGUGGUUUUAUGUGUAAAACAGUGAAAAAUCUUUUUACAUUUAUCUUCAUUCUUUAUAAUGAAACUGUGUCGCCAUUAGGGCGAUAUAUAUAGAGACUUUUAUAAUGACACAUUGAGAAAUUAUAUGACCUUUUAUUUUGAUGCCAUUUCCUGUAACUUGCUUACCACUUCCUGCCCUCUCAUCAGUUACUUCCCACUCAGUUUCUAUUUGUUGAGAACAGUUAAGAAUUCCUGACCGUGAACGAAGCAAGAAGCAAAGUCGUAAGUAAAAUUCAUUGUUAAGUUAAAUAAUUGAUAGAAUAAGUUAAGUUUCAAGUUGAAAGAGAAGGUAAUAAAUAGUUUUUAUUUACAUGUAUUUACAAGGAUAUUUCAUGUGAAGCUGAACUUUAGGUUAAAAACAGUCAAGCCUUGUUUUGUUGCAGUUUUCACUCUGCCAUGUAAUACUGGAUUCUUCAGUAAACGACAGUGAAAUGUUAACUACAGUACAGACUCCUGGUUUUUGCAUCAGAGUUUAACUUGUUGGAUAGCUUCAGUCACUACACUGCAGUGAAGACAACACAGAAACUGUGUGUAUUCGUUUCUGUGCCUUUAAGACUGAUAUGCAAAUGAGCUGUGUUCUGAUUGGCUGUGCUGUGCCUCAUUUAUAAAGCAGUUCAGUCUGUGUUUCUCUGGUUUGGAGAUUCAGAUGGAGACGAUGUUCAGAACCAGUGGAAGAUCUACAAUAAAUGUGAAGGGUAGAAGCAUAGGGCAAAAGGUGAGACCGUUAGGUCGAAAAUGGUCGUUUAACUGUAGCGACUUUUAUAGCGUCCUUGUCCGUUAGUGGCUCUGUACCGGCAAGAGGGGGCUUUUAUUUUGACACUUGCGUUUUGAUUGAUCUCGGCUUCACCCGCUAUAUAGUCUCGCGCAGGGAGAACGAAGCAUCGUUUGAUCUCGUGGAGGCAAAUCUGAGCUCGGCGUCGGGAAGAUCCGUGAAGCUGUAUGUUGCUAACUUGCAUUUUAAACUUUUGGGGAAGACCAUAGGAACGUGACUGAGCCUGCUGGCGCCGUGUGUGUGCGAGAAGCCCACAUUUACACAGGUACGGUUGAUUUUCCGUUUAAAUGCUCUGUAAAUGCCGGCAGUUAUGGUAUGUAUUACUGUCGUAGUAUUGUCAGGUAUUGGUGGUUUUUAUUAAUAGUAACCACAGGAGGUCCCAGUUUAGUUUAUUUUAAAGGGAGAGUGGGGGGCUUUCUGAAUCAGCAGUGUGGCGUGGCAGAUAUUGUGUGAGCCCCUGGGGAUAUCUGGAAGUACUACAAAGUGAAGUUGCGCUGUGUAUCCCACCUGCUAUAGUUAACCGGUCUGUACGGCCAGCAACAACAGCCACUGUUUUUCUUCUUCCUUUUUUUUUUUUUUUUAUCUCUGCAUUACAUCAUUUUAAAUAGUUAAUAAAGGAAUAUUUUAGUAUAUUAUUGGGAGGCUUUUUGACCCAGGGCAGCCCUUAGUAUUCUACCUCUGGUUAAUCUGGUGCCUUUUUAAUUUAGGAAGGAUGGUUAGGAAGAGCACGCUGAAAGGUAGAGGAUGUUCAGCCCAUUUAAGCCGGGUUUCUGUCCCACCUAUAUUGAAGGUUGCUGUGUCACGUUUGGUUUAUUUUGAUUUGAUUAGUGUGGGUGAUUGGAAGUAUAUUUAUGUGAUUUGUUUUCAUCGUCUACUGAAGUGAUUUAAUUGCAGUGUGUAACUUAGUAUGGGGGGUUGAACCCAGGCUGGUAUUGUGGUUCCUUUUUAUGCAUGGUUAUUCUACCAUUAGUAAUUAACAAUCCAUCGAGGCCCAGAUUGUGCUAGGCUGAUGUGAUUUUAGAAGUGGGUCUGAUAUCGCUAUGAUGUGUGCAUCUGUCAAAUCUUCUAUCCUUAAUAAACCUGUUAAUAUACCAGCCUC